CAUAAAGCCCGUUGAGUAUUUAAGGUAGAGGUUUCUGUGAAAGAACCACAGCCAGACCUCAGACGAGACUUUUCUUUGGUUCGGCAAAAUGAAGCAAACUGCAGUUUUUCAGGUAUGUGUGGGGUUUGUGCUCUGUGCACUACAGGCCAUGAUGAUACCUGCUCUUGACUGCUCAGACCAAGGAUCUGAUGUGACUCCCUGUACCAUCUCAGUAGAGAAACUUCUGGACCGUGCCGUUCAACAUGCAGAGCUCAUUUAUCGCAUCUCUGAAGAGUCCAAGAUGCUGUUUGAGGAGAUGUUUAUUCCAUUAUCAGUAAUGAAUUCAUACCUUCAUGAAGGGACCAUGUGUGCACGCAGAAGUGUGCCGGUUCCAGCAUCCAAAAGUGAAAUCCAGCAAAUCUCUGACAAAUGGCUUCUACACUCUGUACUGAUUCUGAUUCAGUUCUGGAUCGAUCCAUUAGCGGAUCUACAGAGAUCUCUGGAGAACUAUGACAAUGUCCCAAGUGUGCUGCUUAACAGAACCAAAUGGUUAUCUACCAAACUCAUGAGCUUAGAACAGGGUAUACUAGUACUUAUCAGACAGCUACUUGGUGAAGGUAGUUUACUGUCGGAGGGCCCUGCCAGUAUGUCUGAUUUUUUGGGGUCUCCUGACAUCUUUGAGUCUGUGAGGAGAGACUACAGUGUCCUCUACUGCUUCAGGAAAGACGCUCACAAGAUAGAAACUUUCCUCAAACUGUUGAAAUGCAGACAGACAGACAAGCAGAACUGCUCCUUCUUCUAGCAUGAAUGUACAACACCAAAAUUCAAAGCACCACUAUUUAAAGAGUUUGGUUCCUAAACAAGAUGACUCAAAAAUGUUGUUUUUGAUUGUGCAUUCCAAUUAAUAUCAAUCAAACUGCAGUUAGUUUGUUUUGAUUUAAGCCUUCAUAACUAAAAAAAAAAAAAAUACAGCUAAGAAACACUAUAAAAACGUGAUAACAUAAUAAUAAACAGAGUUAUCUUGUUUUGGAACCAAACUCUUCAUUUUAAGUUUCAUUUUGCCACAAAGUUUUAUUCUGCACAAUAUUCAAUACAUUAUACAGGAUCUGUUUCCACAUGCUUAUUUAUUUAUCAAUAAAUACCUUAAAACAUGUUUGUUCAAAAGCCAAAUGUGAUUUUGUAUAGGUUAAAUUGCUCAGAAGUGGGACACUGCCUGAUAUGGGACAACUAAGGUCUAGUGUUUGUAGGUCCCCCAAAAAUACAUGAAGUGGCAUCACAAAAAAAUCUCAAAUGUCCAGUCAUACAUGUAGGUGGAGCAAUCAUCAAAGAGCAUGCACAUAUCACA